UUAGUUAUACUCAUCUAUGGUAAAUCUCCGACGUAAAAUUGCCGGUGGAGAUUACAAAAAGAAGAAGGACUAAAUCCCAGUGCGAGCCGUUUACAGUUAUGUUCUGAAUUUCCCACUUCUAACUACAAACAAAUUCAUAUUUUCUGACCAAAUCCCAAACAAUUCCUCACCAAAAUGGCGGAUCCGAUCCCAGCGCAUCACAGAUCCGCCACCAACCUCUUCUCCGAUCCACUCGACUCCCACCCGCUCUGGUUCAAACCGGCAUCCUUCCUCUCCCCUGACUUCGAUUCCGAAUCCUACAUUUCCGAACUCCGAACCUUCGUUCCCUUCGAUACUCUCCGUUCAGAGCUUAACAACUACCUUUCGUCGCUGAAUCAUGAACUCAUUGAUCUAAUUAACCGCGAUUACGCUGAUUUUGUUAACCUAAGUACUAAGCUUGUUGAUGUGGACGCUGCUGUGGUGAGGAUGAGGGCGCCGCUGGUGGAGCUUAGGGAGAAGAUUGAGCAGUUUAGGGGAUCUGUGGAUGUGUCGCUUGUGGCUAUUAAGAAUGGUUUGAAGCAAAGAUCUGAAGCGGCUUCGGCGAGAGAGACUUUGGAGCUUCUCCUCGAUACGUUUCACGUUGUUUCUAAGGUUGAAAAACUAAUAAAAGAGCUUCCCAGUGUACCCUCUGACUGGUCAAAUGGAGAUGUGAGUUUACCGGAGAAAAAUUCAUUGAGCAAUGGGGUUUCUGUGCAUGAGAACGGCACAAGUGUCAGAGAGACUCAAAGUAUGCUGCUGGAAAGAAUUGCCAGCGAGAUGAACAGGCUAAAAUUCUAUGUUACACAUGCAAAGAACCUGCCUUUUAUUGAGAAUAUGGAGAAGAGGAUUCAAAAUGCAAGCCUAUUAGUAGAUGCAAGCCUGGGACAUUGCUUUGUUGAUGGUCUUGAACACCGGGAUGCAACUGCAAUUUACAAUUGCUUACGUGCAUAUGCUGCCAUUGAUAACACCAAGAAUGCAGAAGAAACCUUCCGAGUUACUGUUGUGGCUCCAUUGAUACAGAAGAUUAUCCCACAUGGGUCAUCAGCUGUGGCUGCUGGAUCAUCUGGGGAUGGGCUUGAAAAUGAUUAUCAACAAAUUAAGGAGUGCAUUGAUAGAGACUGUAAAUUUUUAUUGGAUAUUUCUUCAGCUGAAAAUUCAGGUUUACACGUCUUUGACUUCUUGGCCAAUUCAAUCCUUAGAGAGGUCCUCUUUGCUAUUCAGAAGGGAAAACCAGGUGCAUUUUCUCCUGGAAGACCAACAGAGUUCUUGAAAAAUUACAAUUCUAGCUUGGAGUUCUUGGCUUUUCUAGAAGGCCACUGUCCGUCCAGAUCUGCUGUGGCUAAAUUUCGAUCCGAAACUAUUUAUACCGAGUUCAUGAAGCAAUGGAAUCUUGGAGUGUAUUUUUCGUUGAGAUUUCAGGAAAUAGCAGGGUCUUUAGAUUCUGUACUGACAACAUCCAGUCUUGUCCCCAUUCCAAAUUUAGAUCCCGGCGAAGCAAAUUAUCAAGACUUAACACUAAAACAAAGUGUAACUCUGUUGGAUAGUUUGAGAUUUUGCUGGAGAGAAGAUGUUCUUGUCCUUUCUUGUUCUGACAAGUUCCUUCGCCUAUCCUUGCAGCUUCUUUCUAGAUACUCAAAUUGGCUGUCAUCUGGAUUGACUGCACGCAAGAGUCACAGUACAAGCACUAGCACUGGGCGCGAAUGGGCUGCUUCAGCUGUCAUAGAUGACUUUAUCCUUGUUAUUCAUGAUAUCAGAUGUUUGGAGGAGCAUGUUCGUGGUGAUUACUUACAACAUGUGGUCCAGGUUUUAUCUUCAUGCUCCUUCGAUGUUCUUGAAUCAGUAAGGCAGAGCAUUUUACAGAGUGGUCAAUCCUUGAAAUCUUUAGAACCCUUAGUCGUCAAAGCAGUGGUGGAGUCACUGGUAGAAAAGUCAGUCGAGGACUUGAGACAAAUGAAGGGGAUAACUGCAACUUACAGGAUGACUAAUAAACCUCUACCUGUUAGGCAUUCACCAUAUGUUACGGGAGUAUUACGUCCACUAAAGACUUUUUUGGAUGGGGAAAGAACCUCUAGAUAUUUGGCAAGUGAAACUAAAAAGGAAAUACUCCUUUGUGCUGCAACAGAGAUUACUGACCGUUAUUAUGAAUUAGCUGCCGACCUUGUUAGUGUGGCAAGAAAGACAGAAUCUUCACUUCAGAAAAUUAGACAGAGUGCACAAAGACGAGCAGGGGCAAGUUCAGACAUAUCCGAUAAUAACGUGUCUGACACUGACAAAAUGUGCAUGCAGUUAUUCCUUGAUAUUCAGGAGUAUGCCCGCAACCUAUCUGCCCUAGGGGUUGAAGCAGUUAAUAUUCCAUCCUAUCGUUCAUUAUGGCAGUGUGUGGCUCCAGCAGAUAAGCAGAAUACGAUUAAAUUAUAAGAGUUUUCAUCUGUGGAGUCAAUGUGGCUUGUAGAUUGAUUGCUUUCUUGGUUGGCCAAGAUUUUGUGUAACUUAACCAUACAAUUUAUAAUAUACAAAUUAGUUGGCUUUUACACAAUAAUCACACUUUACCAUAGUUCUUGAAGGGGAGUUAUGUUUUUGCUCGCAGCUAUUUUUGUAUUUUAGGCUCUCAUUUAUCA